CGUGGGCAAAGACUUGGUGGAAACUUUGCGACUCCUGCCUCUCCCGAUGAAGCCGCUCUGCAUUGUGUAAACAGACAGGCUUGUUGAAUGAGAGAGCGAGAGAGGCGAUAGACUGAGAGAGAACCCCAAAACCGUUCACUUCAAGGAGUAGAUCUGUUCGUUCAAGAAGGAACUAAAAUAAAAAUAAAUAGUAAAUAUUCAUAUCAGGUCUCGUGCAAGGUAUCACAGGAUAUGAAUAUAAACGCCUAGAACAACAUGUAGUGUUGGGUUUAGCUUGUAGAAUUAAACAAGCAUAUUGCACAAGUUUUGGUGUUCAGAAGCGAGCAAAGUGAAAGAGUGUUUCUAAUUUUUCCGCAUCUAGAAGAGUUGUGAAUAGUGCUUUCAUAUUUCCAACGAGUGUGGGAUCGCGCGUGUGUGUGUGUGUGUGUGUGUAAUAUCGACAGACCUUCAACUUGCAUAAUGUUCAUCUCGACUACGGAUUCAACGGACACCUACUUUGCAUUGAAUGUGUUGAUUUAACGCGCGUGUGCACUUCCUGGAGAUUGUGUGUACAUUUUCUGCUUAUUCGAAACUCGGUGUGUUUUCUUAAAUUUUGGAGUACACACAAAAUCAUUUGCACGGAGGGUUUAACGCACACACGGAACUUUAAAUCUCUGCGUGUGUUGGCAAGGACAAACCCCAAGGUGGCCAUGAUGUCGAAGCCACUAGGGUUGGCCUCAGAUGGCCAAACCAUAAAAAGCAGCAGUUAUCAUCUGUCAAAGUCAUGUAAUGAGAUGGACAUUUAACGUCCUUGGGGGCCACUCUUCGUGAUAUCUUCCUCCUCUAUUUAUCGGCCUCGUCAUUGUUACUACAUCUAGCGGUUGUUUCUGUAACAGAAGGUGUCUCCAGAAGAAACAUCAAACUAGAUUUGGAUUUAACAACUCUCGUCUGCUCAAAGAUCCGGGAAUCCAGUUUCCGGAGACUGCUCAAAGAUCAACUUCAAGGCACAGCUCCAAUUGUGCUUUUUUUUUUCCCCCGACGCAAGCCUUGAAGAUAGGAAUCGAACCAAAACCUUCAACCAUGAUGGUUCAAUGUGCGGGCUGCGAGCGCCCAAUCUUGGACAGGUUCUUGCUCAAUGUUCUGGACAGGGCGUGGCACGCUACCUGCGUAAAGUGCUCGGACUGUAAGUGCAACCUGACGGAAAAGUGUUUCUUCCGGGACGGGAAGCUUUACUGCCGGACGGAUUUUUUCAGGAGAUAUGGAACGAAGUGUGCUGGGUGCUCCCAAGGGAUUUCCCCGAGCGACCUGGUCCGGAGAGCCAGGAAUAAAGUCUUUCAUUUGAAAUGCUUCACCUGCGUGGUCUGCAGGAAGCAGCUGUCUACAGGGGAGGAGCUCUACGUCCUCGAGGAGAAUAAAUUCAUAUGUAAAGAGGACUAUAUAAAUAGCAAAUAUGCUGGUUCUGAUGUUGAAGAUGACGGCGAUAUGGACUCCGGGAUUGACACACAAGGCAACAUUUCCGACAAAGACUUUCCUCUAGAUGGCGAUACAAGUCCACACGAUACUAAAGAAUCGAUACUCAGCAUGUCCCACGCGCUGGGAACCAACAACAACAACAACAGCUUUCUCAACAUCAACGCUAGCGGAGGACCGGGCCACGUCAGCAACGGCAUGGGCAACCCUUUAGCCGGGGGGAUGGGAGGACCCCUCAACUGCAGCGCGCUGGGUCACAGCAACGGUCUCAAUCCUAACGGGCCCAUGGGAGGCCCUCCUGGGCUGGGCCCGCUCAGCAACGGAGGCGGAGGUCUCAAUUCCUUACUGUCCCCUCGCCUGGGCAGCCCGGUCCCGCCUCAGUCCAUCAAGGAAGAGAGGGAUUGCCCCAACCUGGACGCUAGUCCCGGAUCCGUGGAUUCGAACUGUUCCACCAGCGACCUUCCUCUUGACCGCGGCGGGCCGGACGUCAACAGCAACGACAGCUGUCCGAGCCCAGACAACGGUAACGGCGUUUCGGGCGUUGGUGGCAACGGUAACGGUGGCGGCGGGAACAACGGUUCCAGCACGGUGGGCGCCAAAAGGAGGGGACCUCGCACGACCAUCAAGGCAAAGCAGCUAGAAACUUUGAAAGCCGCCUUUGCGGCCACCCCAAAACCGACGAGACAUAUCAGGGAACAACUCGCUCAAGAAACAGGCCUUAAUAUGAGGGUCAUUCAGGUUUGGUUCCAGAACCGACGCUCCAAAGAAAGGAGGAUGAAGCAGCUUAGCGCUUUGGGCGCCAGGAGGCAUUUUUUCCGCAACCCCAGGCGCAUGCGGGCGCUGAGGCCCGGGGAGGAUCUAGGUGACAGUCCUGAUCUGAUGGGCUCAGGAUUCGGCUACUUGGAUAAUGGAGCUGAAUUCUAUCCUGGCUACCAAGGAUACGGCGAAUUUUUCAUGGGUCAGCCCCAGGAUGGGCCACCCCCAGGAUUAACCUUUCUCCCACCCUCUCAAGGAACGCCGCCUCUGAACAUGGAGCCAGGAAUGCAUCCGGCCAGUCGUCAUUUAGGUAUUGGUCCAGACGGUCAGUUCAUGCCCGGAGACAUGAUGCCACCCUCGUCGACGCCAGAGCCCUUGGGCCCCCACGAGCCCUUCGGCAUUCCCAGGAGCAUGGGCCACCACUUCAACCCCUCUCUCUCGCCCUCGUUGGCGCAUCACCACCCGCACCAUCCACACCAUCAACAACUGUCCGAGAUGACGUCAGAAGUUUGGUGACAAUUAUCCACUGGGCAAGAUUAUGAAUGUCAGGACAAGCUGUUCUGAAGAUUUUUUUCUGUUCUUUUUUGUUAUUUUAACAGCAAAAACGAAAUUUUAACCGGAACCUUUCCAUGGUUACAUAUGAACGCCUGGAUAUCACUGACAUCUCUCCCCGUGUUACAGUCUCUCGUCAUUGUCGGUUGGCAUUCAAAGUUAGCUUUUGUUUUAUUCCUGGAAGUGUUUAUAGUGAACUUUCUUUUUUUUUUUAAAAAAAGUUGGGGGGGGGGGGGUUCUUACUGCUUGACCAGAAAAAAUAAAGAAAACACCAACAUGAAGAUUACAAAAAAAAAACAUGCCAGGUUCUACAGUUGGAGAAGAUAGUCUCCUCUUCAUUGAUAUCCACAGAAAAGAAAAACUUGUUUGCAUUUAGAAAGAUGAUAGUACUGCGUUUGGAGUACUUACUUCGAGCAUCUAGUCUUUGUGAUUUGUAUUCAUUAUAAAACGGGGGCGUCGCCACUCCAUGUGCUUCUGAGGCACUAUAUCUGAUACCAGCACUGAAGCUUACUAAGAGUAAAUAUAUCAACAGAGAUUGUAUUAGUUGUUAUUUACUUGUAAUUACCAAACUAAUGAGCUUCGCUUUAUUUAACUUAUUGAUAAUGGUGCACAAUCGAAAUGAUGAACAAAUAUAGGAAAUUUAAGCCUUAAGAAAUUAAUAAACAGCGUUUGUAUUGUAAAACAAGUAAAUAAUGAUAUGAAUAUCCAAGAAAAGACACUACAUUAGUGUGACAUUAAAACAAGUUUCAAGAAAGUCUCAAAUUUUUCUACAUUAUGAGAGUGGAUCGGCAUCUGAUGUUAACUUUUAUGACAUCAAUCAAAACUUGACCUAUCAGGACAGGUUUAAAACAAAAACGCUGGAGUUCGAGUCCCGUGUAGGCCUACUGUGAAGUAAACGCCCAUUGAGUCUUACACCACUAUCCAAAGUCGUGCAUGUGGUAGGAACUAUAAACAAGAACUAAGGCCUAAAUUUGGAUACUUUAUUUUUUCAGCGCAUUGUGAGCCUGAGCACACUUCACUUGCCAUAAAUCAAUUCCUACUCGCUGGCGGAGGUGGAGCCUCAAUACGUAGGAAUGACAACACGUGAGCCAAUCAUAUUGGAGUUGACAAUCAUUUCAUAUUGUGGUCAUAACAACGGAAGAGAAUACUCUAAUUCUGCGACAUCAAGAAUGUAACAAAAAUUGAAGUCAAUUUUAUUUACGUUUCGUAGAGUAACUUUGGAUAAUGAUUUUAAAUAAAGAAAAUAAUAACAGAAGAAUAUUACGAACACGUGAAGCGCCAUGAGACAGCGAAGGAUAACUCUUCCCAAGAUAAUGUUGACUUCUGCGAGACAGAUCUGGGAUUAACCCUCUAAAGAUGCUACUGUAUUGUACGACAGAAGUAGGAUACAUGGAUACAGUAAACAUCUGUGUUUCCGCUGGUAUGUGCUUAUUUCGUUGUAUUUAUCAGACUAUCAGCAUCAAGGUCGAUUAUUAAAGCUUUUACUGUAAUCAUAAAAAGGAAGGAAAAAAAAACUGUGUUGAAACAAUCACUAUUUAUUGUAUGCCUGAAAAAUACUGUAAGAUGUCUAAAAAGUGUGUACAUGACAUUAAAAGUGUAAUAUUGUUUUCAUGUUUCUUGUAUUCUCAACAUUUUUUUUUCUCUUUGGGUUUUAAAGAAUUUUGUAUUAACAAAUAUAAUAAUUAUUUUUUUUUAGUUUAAUAGUCUGAGAAGGCAGUGGCGUAGCUAGGGUGGAGGGGGGUCCAAAUUUGAAAAAUUCGAAGGAUCCCCAAAAGAGUGUCCGAAAUUUGUUUUUAUAUUAAAUAUAUUACGCCAUUAUCUCAUGUCAUGAUGUCGAAUGUCAAAAUGCAGGGGCCCCUAAAGAGGUCAAGCCCCCCCCCCCCUCCGGGCCCUCAUAUACCUAGCUACGCCACUGUGAGAAAGAAAGAUGUGUUGUUGUUUUGUAGGCCCUAUAUGUUGCGAGUUUGUGUAACAGUGCAAUAAAGCAAUAAAGUCAAAACACUUUACGUAAAGGAGACUUAGUUAAAUAGGCUCGGUCAAAGGAGUUGUCUUCAAGAAGCAACGUACUAUGUUAAAGGUGACAAAAAAAAAAAAGACACAAAAUCUUAGUGUGUGCAUUUAUCCAUGUUUUGGCUGAGUUUUGAAAUGUACAUGUUUAGGUAUACAUGUCGAGAUGUAAAUGUCGCGAUUGGAAUGUCGAGGUUUGAAUUGUGAGGUUUGAAUGUUGAGAUGAAGACAACGAGGAAUUAGAAAGUUCCAGAACAGGAAAAACAAAACUCUUUCAAAAACUAUCGUCUUCUUUCUUUUGUUCUCUCUGUGCUUUCACUGUGUAGGUUUGAUUGUCUCAGAUCUGCUACAAGAUAAGAAUAUGGUCUAUUUUUUGAAACAGUUUCUUGUGUUGUAGUCUCAAAGAUAUUUCGGACUAUUGUAACUGCGCAUAAUAUACUAAUACACAGAUUAUUUACACCUAAUUUUGUAAUUUAUUCAAAAGGAUUUGAAAAAGUGUUAGUGUCUAUUGAACAUGCAUAAUUAAAUUUACACCUGGGCACCUGUCGGAGGUAAAAAUCUUCUUUUUGGAUGGUACGUCUCUAAGAGAGGAAAUGAAUAAACAAAAAAAUAAAUAAAAACAACAUUAAAAUCAGAGUUUGAAAGAUUUGAACAAAUCGCUAACUCAUCGGGUAUGUUUUUAUUUAGUGAUGAAAUAUUUGUUUUUUUUUUUCUUUGCCUAUUUUCAUUCUCUUCCUCUGAGCAUAAUAUUAUCCAUAUUUUUAUGAACAUCUAUUCUGUAGUUCAACUGAUUCGGGGAUGAAUGUGUUGUUGGUUUUUUUAGCAUUUCCGUCAAUGUUAGGUUUGAAAUAAAAUAGAAAUAGAAAAAAAUACAAUUUAAAUUAUAAUUAAUUUGGAUGAUGUACUAGCUUCUCGAAUUCAGUAUUUCCUAAUCAGGGGGACAUAAUCCAUGAAAGUGGUUUAUUGGAAGACAUUCAAUUCUUUGUUUGAACAUAAAUUAAUUAGAUUUUACUUUUUUUUUACUUUAAUUUCUAAAAGUUUUGCCUAUUUUAUCUAGUCAAAGUCAUGGAAUGAUUGGUGAUAACUUUAAUCCAGCUAUUGAUUGGGUUCUCCAAUAUGUAGGAAUGGCAAAGUCUUAGAAAGUCGUAGCGCCUCGCAUGAGUUGUACCAUUUUAUUUCAAAGUUAUCGAAUACGUCAUUACAUCACGAAAUGGAAUUGUUAAGACAUAUAAAUACAAAUGCUAUUAAAUUAUAAUAAAUGUCCAAUAAUUACACUUCAGAAGGCUGUACUAUGUGUUAAUUCUCUGUGAAUGGCAUAAUAAUUUUGUAAAGUUUUCUUCCGAUUCUCCCAUAUUUCAACUUUUUAAAGUUCUGUAUAUAAGUUUAUUUUUUUUUUCUUCUUCUUUAAAUCUUCUAUUUUUUUAAUAUAUUUUUUUCCUCUUUUCCUCUGAGACUUUCAAAGAUUAAUAUAUUUUUUGUUAAUGCUAUCUUGAAACUAGAUUUGAAUGUUUUGAUGACCAUUUUAUUUUCCUGGAUCAGAAAGGAUGUAAAUAAAAGAUAUAAAUAAACAACAACAACCCGGAAGUAGAUUAGCCGCAACGUGCAUUUUUUUUCUUUCUUUCUUUCUUUCUUUCUUUCUUCAGUUUCCAAAGAAAUUUAAAAACUAAGCAAGAAAACGGACGUGGCUACUGAGCAGGCUUUGUUUCCGAACCAUGGGAUCUCGGGUUCGAAUCUUGGCGAAGACUGGGACAUAGAGUUUUGGGAUAUUUAGUAGGUCACUUGAAUCCAUCCAACUCUAAUUGUUACGUUGGUCGUUGUACUGGCCACAUGACACCCCUCGUUAACCGUAGGGUCAUAGAAACAGAUGACCUUUACAUCAUCUGCCUCAUUGAUCACAAGGUCUGAAAGGGGAAACAAAGCAAGAAAUAAACUCUAUAGUAGUACUAGAAUGAAAAGAAACCUGAUUCUUUCGACUUUGACAAAAUUUGAAGCCCAGUAUAACUAAACAAUUUUUUGUCUAAACCUUUAUUUACACAUUGAUGAUAUUCAAUACAAUCUAUUUAUUUCUCAACGAUGUCAUACCAUUCUUUAUUUGGCUACCCUAUUUACUAACCUGAUCUAGACUUUAUCUUAGAAAUAAAAAAAAAAUAUGGCUAUGUUCACGACAUUGGACAUAAACGAUUUCAGAUUUUUUUCCUAUUUUUAAACUGUUUAAUCACGAACGUGUGCUUAAUUACUCUUCACUGUUCUUGACCAAUGGAUAACUCAUUCUUGCCAUGCCGCUUGAGACACGUCAUCAGUCCAACCUUUCACAUUUAUGUCUAGAUCUAGAACUUUCUGGCAUUCAGCCUUAGAUAUGUGGAACAAAUGAUCGAUAGUUUAUGCUUAAGUUUACGAGGGUAUCGUGUGGCCAAUGCAACAACAUACUAUCUAGCCGUUCACAAACUAAUGAUGUUUACUUCUUAGAGACUGGGAAUGACCUUACAUUUAAACUAAACCCCCCAAAAAUAAUUCUCGCAUAGACCAAGAUUCUGUAAUUCAACAUUCUGCAACAAAGUGCUCAUCUCCGGUACUUGUAUGUUGCAAUUCAAAAACACACCUAGACUCAUUAAAGCUAUGGAUGGCUGCAGAGUCGUACGGUAUGCGCUCUGGACUGUUGUGCCGAUGGUUCGGGUUCGAACCCUGUCUAUUUCCGCUCCUCCCCCUCGUCAUGUGGGAGGUUUCGGCUAGGAUGUAACAAUCUUCAGUUCUAAAGGAACAUCCGAAACAUGUCAAACAGAUAUAUAAUAAUGUUUGCCUCCAACAAGGCGCUAUGAUCUCUAAACCAAGUGUCAUUUACCAGAGAAUAACUACAAUCCAGUCCUCAUCAAUUAUUAUCCUUGCCGUUGGUCAUUGUGUUGGUCACACGGCACCCUGGUUCAUACGUUAGCCACAAAUCCACUCAUAUUUGACACUAUUCGCCCCCCCCCCUCCCCUCCCCUUCAACUUUCGCUUCGAAUGUGAUGCGAAUUAUUUUUCUUUCAUAAUAUUUUUUUUUUCUACUUUCGAUUUCAACACUAUAAGACUUAUGACUGAAAUGCGAAUGAAUAAAAGGACUGAAUGAAGUGAAAGAGUACCUCACAUAGCAAUGUCGGCCUCGGGUGAUAGUGAUCUAUAUUUCAUGAAAAUCUAUGUUUCUUUUGGACGUUUUCGUUCACGUCAUAAUAAUGUGUUCCAUAUAUGUCUUUGACUUCCUUCUUUCAGAUGAAAUUCUCCUACGGACUAAGUGUACAUAACAUAGUGUACAUUGGAUGUGAAAAUAGUCACUGUAUAAACAUCUAUCUAUAUAUAUAUAUUUGUUUUAAACAAAUCAGUGUCCAAUUCGUUUUAAACGAAAAUGUACAAUCCAUUUUAUUUUUAUUUGUUUCUGGACUUUGUUUGGAGAUUAUUUUAUUUUUUAUGCCGGGUAACCAUGGAGCUUUAGUGUUUGUAUCAUAGUAACCAUGUUGUAGAGGAAGUCUGUCACUGGAGAAUGUAUUAUGGGUAGAGCUUGGUUAUUUUCAAGUUUUUAUUAUUAUUAUUAUUAUUAUUAUUAUUAUUAUUAUUAUUCUAUGUUUUUUUUUGUUGUUGAGUAGUUCAACAAAUAUUUUAAUUGUACAUGUCAUGAAUGUUGAACAUGCUUCACUAGACUAUAAAAUAAAAUGAUGUAAUUAUGACAUUGAUAUUGAUGACAUUUCAAGAUGUCAUUAGAAAUGGAUGUGUGAUGUCAAAAUAAAAAAAAAAGAUAAUUAAGUAUGAAGGAAAACAAUGUACAAGUCAUUUGGAAACUUUUUUCAAAGUGAAUUAAAAGUGUACGGUAAACAUAGGAAACCAGA